CAGGCCGCCGUUCUGUGUCUUUAUACGGAGGCUAUUUCCUGCCCGGAGAGGCUUGUCCGGCAGGCAAGCCUCACAGAGUCUGUAAGGCCUGAAGCUCAGCCUUUUUUUUUGGCGGGGGAGAUAGGGGGAUGGAAGAGGGUUGCGUCACUUUAAGAAAAAGAUUUGAAAAUUCCAAAUGCAAAAUUGCUGGAGAGCCUCCCCGGGCCUGGCCCCGAAGCUUGAGACUCGCGGAAUAUCCGCUCCUGAGGGCUGCGGGGGGCUCUUCCGGCGCUCACGUUGCCUUUGGGAGCUCGCGGGGACGUCCUCAGAACCCCCCCCCCCCCCCCCCCUGCGGCGUGGGCUCCAUUGUCUUCUAGGCUUUCGUCGCGAGACGAACGCAGGGCCAGCGGAUCCCAACAAGACACCUUGGGUGUAAACGAAAUCUUCCUGUGGACUGGAUUCCAAUUAAAUGCUCUUUCUGCACACCUGUGUUGGUUGUAAUGGCGUUUGCCUGGGAUGCACCACCUUUGAUGGGGGUCAGACAGCGACAAGAGAUGUACCGCUUCUCUAGGGGUUUCCUAGCCACUUGGAGAAAUUACUCGGUGUGCUUUCUCUGUGUUCUGGAAGAUUGUUUUGCACAAUAGUAUUUGCAGGAAGGAAUAUUAUUAAAAGCUUAUCUUUUGGUUGCAUGUGAGCCCUGGAUGCUUGAAAGCAAGUGAAAAAAAAUUGUCUAGAAUCCCAUAAAAUUGAUUUAUAGUAUUUGAAGCUCGAAUUAAGCCUAUUCUCUCUUCUUUCCCCUACCGCCUCUAUAUGUGUAUGUAUAUCGAGUACUAUCUACUAAUGUUGUUUUAAUGAAUAUCUUAUCCUAAGUACCACAUAGCCACUAUUUCACAAUAGAUUAACAUCCACAUAACUAUGAAAUACAAUAUUUCAGCAUUCAAAUUUGUUUCUAAAAUUUAUAUUUAGCUACAAAAUUCCUUUAAAAACAAGCCAAAGCGGUAUAUAACUCUUUAAAGGUUGGUUAACUGGAAUAAUGUGAUGAAACAGAAAGAAAAUAAAUGCAGCAGGACCCCACUUCAAAGAGAUAUUGUCUAUGUGCCAGCUUCUAAGUAAGAAACCUACGUGUCAGGAUACAGUUAUUAUAUGUAAUGUGGCUUUCAUUUGGUAUUUUAUAAAGAUCUGCAUAUAAUUGUUUCCUUAUAUUCUGUGAAUUUAUGUUUUAUAUUAUUCACUUGGUUUUGUAAGCAUACAAGAAAAACGAAUGAAAUGCUCGAACAAUGAACUGUGUACCAAAAGAAUUCAAAACAGCACUUUUCUGUUGCCAAAAUUGGCAUGAUGCACUUGUGAAGGAGUUCCCUUUGGACUAGGUCCACAGUAGAUGGUGUCCAGCGCUAAUGUUGGUACCUAAAUGGCAUUGUUCCCAGAGGGCUAUAUGCUUCCAGCAAAACUGACAAACCGCUAUCAACUGUGACCUUCAUCAAAGACAUUGGUAGUAUUUUAUAAUUACUAGCUUUCUGUGUAUAUUUUAGUGCUAUAGACUGCAAUUCCAAAUUAGACUUGCUUUUAGUGUAUCAUUUUACAUGGUUGAUCUAUAAUUCAUUACCUGAGCACACCAGGGGAGGCAGUGUUGUGAAUUGCACGCUGGUAAACUACUUGAUGAAGCUAUGCUUUGUAUUUUUAACAUGUAUAAUUAUAUUUAAAAUCAAGCAAGGCUUAGCUUUGUGCCUGAUGUUCUUUGAAAAUAUGGAUUUCUUAUCUGAGGGUUGCAGUUGAUGAUGUUUUAGUACUAUUUAAUAUGUUUGCGGCUGCUACCAAGAGCUUUGUCAAACAAGUUGGAGAUGGAGGGAGAUUAGUUCCUGUUCCAAGCCUCAGUGAGGCUGACAAAUACCAACCUCUAAGUCUGGUCGUGAAAAAGAAGCGAUGCUUUCUGUUUCCUAGAUACAAGUUUACCUCAACACCUUUUACACUGAAAGAUGUUCUUCUAGGAGACAGAGAAAUUUCAGCUGGUAUUUCAUCUUAUCAGUUACUGAAUUAUGAAGAUGAAUCAGAUGUUUCACUCUAUGGAAGGCGAGGCAACCAUAUUGUGAAUGACGUUGGGAUUAACGUUGCUGGAUCAGAUUCCAUUGCGGUAAAAGCUUCAUUUGGUAUAGUAACCAAACAUGAAGUGGAAGUAUCAACAUUACUCAAGGAAAUUACUACACGAAAAAUUAAUUUUGACCACAGCUUGAUACGUCAGUCAAGGAGCAGCAGAAGGGCAGUACUGUGCGUGGUCAUGGAAAGCAUUCGAACCACACGACAGUGCUCGCUGUCUGUGCAUGCUGGCAUUCGUGGGGAAGCCAUGCGGUUUCAUUUUAUGGAUGAACAGAAUCCCAAGGGAAGGGACAAAGCUAUUGUUUUUCCAGCACACACAACCAUAGCUUUCAGUGUUUUUGAACUCUUCAUUUACUUGGAUGGUGCCUUUGACCUUUGUGUCACUUCAGUGUCAAAAGGAGGAUUUGAAAGGGAAGAAACGGCAACAUUUGCACUGCUCUACAGAUUGAGAAAUAUACUAUUUGAGAGAAAUAGAAGAGUGAUGGAUGCCAUUUCUCGCUCACAGCUUUACUUAGAUGAUCUUUUUUCUGACUAUUAUGACAAACCUCUCCGCAUGACUGAUAUUUCACUCAAAGAAGGGACGCAUAUCCGAGUUAACUUACUUAAUCACAACAUUCCAAAAGGACCUUGCAUACUCUGUGGAAUGGGGAACUUUAAAAGGGAGACGGUUUAUGGGUGCUUUCAGUGUUCUGUCGACGGGCAGAAGUAUGUGAGACUUCAUGCAGUUCCUUGUUUUGAUGUCUGGCACAAGAGAAUGAAAUAAAAUGAAAAAUGAAUGUACCUUGCUGGUGUUUUAGGUGCAACU